CAUUCUCAGAAACAACGCAUUAUCCUCCAUAGACAUCAUCUCUUCUCAAAGCAUGCCAGCAUUAUUGUACAUAGAUGCAUCAUAUAAUUCCAUUUCAUCACUUGACUGGUCUUCAUUUUCAUUACUGACAAGUCUGGAGGAGAUAAAUAUAUCUGGCAACCAGCUACUGAGCCUUAGUGAGGGCAGCCAGGAACUUCCUGUUGAGCAGUUGUACAUAGAAAACUGUGGCUUAUCUUACUUCAGCUUUGGUGCUUCCGUAACAUUCUGCAAUUUGAAAAUAUUACAUGUUGGUGGCAACAGUUUGACAACGUUGCCAGAUGAUGCCUUAAGCUGUAUGGCAGACCUGGAAGAAAUAAAGUUGAAUAACUGUGAUCUCACUUCCUUGUCUGCCAACACCUUUUCCUCCAACGCAUUAAUUCAGUACAUUGAUCUCAGUAGCAACAGAUUGACCUCCCUUCCUUCUGGAUUGUUUGAUGGACUGGACAACUUGAAAGAAAUAAACCUGUCUGGGAAUGACUGGAGCUGUGACUGCAGCCUGAUAUGGCUCCGGAUAUUCCUGGAUUCCUUUGUCGCUGCAGGUGGUACAAUUGUGGAUGAAGAUCAAACUCUGUGUAGCAGGGAUCCCAGCAAUCCGUUGAGAAUGACGCGUAUAUCUGCUUUUCAGAUCUGUCCUAGGAAAGCAGGGUCAUGUGUCUACGACUUUGCCAGUGAGAGCUACAAACUCAUCCAGUACAGCUCUUGGGUCUCCUUCGCCACAAGCACACCGGAGUGCAGGGACCUAUGCUACCUCAGCGGCUACAGCUAUUCCGUGUUUGACCCUGACGUCGCAGAAUGUCUUUGCGGCAGCGUCGUGUCUUUGCCAGCAGGCUGUUCCGAUUGUGGUGGCUCAACUAGCUCAUUGGGCCCUGGGCUGUGUAGCAAUGAGUACAGCAACAUCCUUGGUGCUGUUGGGAUGAUGUACGACUUCAGUAUUACCUACUCACCAACUUCUCCGAAUGUCUUUGAGAAAGUUUACUUUAUGUGGAGCGGGGGUCCUUUAGGGAUUAACGGAUCUGAGUGGGAUUUUGGAGAUUCAACUACCACAUCAGUAUUGAGUACAUCCACCACAUCACACACCUUCACCUACCCUGGGCAACGACAAGUUACGUUGACGUUGCACAUAGCUAGAGGAACAGCUUUGCAGGAGACGAUGGUGUCUGUGCCAGUAGAAGUUGGGUCCAGGUCUGAUCUAGGUAUCCUCAAUUGCCCACUGUCCGAUGUCAGCACCUACAUUCCCCAAAAUGUGUCAGCCACUUUCACGUCUGCUUGGAGACAAAAAGUUUCCUGGACACGAGAAGCCCAGACAACGAGCAACAGCCAGUACAGUUACUCGUACAAUUACUCACGCUGUGAACCGGGUUGGCAAACUUUCAGGGGCCGUUGUAUUCAGAUGCAGAGUUCACCAACAGUAAUGUCAGCUGCACACACAGCAUGUCUGGCCAAAGGAGCGAAACUUCUGCGGCUCCACUCUAUGGAUGAAAUCGAUGCACUCCGUUCAAACAAUUCUCUGUUCCCCUCAGGAGCUGGAGCCUCCUAUUUCACUGGGGCUGAGUGGAAAGCUUCACAAGAAAGAUAUGAGUGGAGAUUUUCAUCGACAAACGCUUUUGUGUUCCGAGACACUUUAACCUCUGCCUCUGCUGGAGACUGUGUCGUCAUACAAGCAUCUGGACUUUCAGGGGAGGAUUGUGGCGUGUCUUUGCCGUACAUUUGUGAGAAAGAGCCAAGUUCCUGUGUGCAGAAUGGUCAGCCAAAUAGUAAACUGUGUUAUGCGGUCAGCUCUGAGAGUCUGUCCCGCCCACUAGCUGCCAUCAGCUGCCAAUCAAACUACACCAACGGGCAAUUGGUCACAAUUGCAGAUAUCAACGAUAAUUCAUAUCUGAAGUUUCUUUUGUCAAAAGCAUCAGUGGACACAGUAUGGAUCGGGUUAGAAGCCAGCUUUUCAGAGAACAUCUACACCUGGGAUAGUGGUCAGCCCUUGACUUUGUACAGCAAUUGGGACUCUGGAUUUGGUGCAGAACCGUGUGUGGUGAUGAAUGCCUCCACUGGUCUCUGGCAAAAAGAUCUCUGUGACAGCUCUCAUCACUUCAUCUGUGAAUACUUUGUUGGAGAUGAGAUCAACAUCCCUACCCUGGUGGCAGGAACCGUUCCUUUGAUGUUGAAGGAUGCCAUUCCUGUGUCAGUGUCUGAGUCAACGACUGUCAACACUGUGUCCUCCUCCGUCAUUACCAUCAUACCAGGUUCAUGGAUUGCUGACCAGGGCUAUGCUUCACUGUGGAUUGUCCAAACAGAGAGUGUUGCCUCUGAAACUCAAAUCUUCCUUCAAAUUUGGAGACCUACAUGUACAUACGGAAUUUUGCACAGACCAGGCUGCUCCAGUCAGAGUCCCCUGUACACCUGUGUGAGCAGCCAGGGCAGUCCAUGCUCAUCCAGCACCUGCCCACAGGGCCAGUACUUCUGCCUUCUGACCAGAACGUGCUUGACCACAGGUCAGCCCUGCACCUGUGCUGGUCUCGACCCAACAACUAUCACUGCAGAUUGUCAAGCACUUUCUCUGGAUGCCAGUACUUCCAAAUUCACGCUAAUUCAUUCCUGGGCAGUAACCAUCCCAGCCCACACGACCCUGAUUAGCUUCAGCCCUCCUCCAUUUGAGGAAGUGCAGAUUGGAGACGUUUUGGGGUUCCAGUCUGAGCAAGAUGGUUUUGUCUCAUGUCAGGCUCCGUCGACAUCAGUGUGGUCUCAGGCAGUGUUCAGAACUGGCAGGACAGCUUGGGCAAGUUUAGGAGAUACGGUCGACCCUCACACACAGUCGGUGCUCGUUGCUGACUCAGUUUGUGGGGUCAGUCUUUCAUAUGUGACUCAGAGCCAGCAAAGUUCCAGCGACAUCCUAGGUUAUCUCACUGAGCCUGGGGAGUACGCUUUCACAUUGGACUUUCUAGACUUAUCCUCAUCCACCAUCAACUCCCAAACCUGCACAGUGACAGCUUUAGACUCUGUUGAUGGUCUCCUGUGGGUGGGACCAGAUAUUUCUGGAACUAACUCUAUGCUUCUUGGAUCUAGCACUGAAUCCUUGAAUAUCUCUAUCAGUGUAGAGGCUGGCACUCCUCAGGAUCUCACAAUCAAAGUUCUCAGAGGGUCUGAUCUAGAAAUUUCUUGGACUGUACAUGGCACUGUGAGUUCUGGUACCUUCUCCAGUUCUUGCCCUGUGAGCCUGGCUUCUAGUAAUAGUUUCUGUCAAGAUGGAAGCAGUUUCUUGUCAGAUCCUUUCUCAAGCUUGUCUAGCACUUUCAGAUCCCUAUCUCAGACUGGAAGCACCUCGGUCAUGGCGCAAGUGUCUAACACAGUCAGUUCAAAAACAUUGUUUGUUGAAGUGCAGGCAUAUUUGAGAAUCACUGGCCUGGAGUUUUAUCAUGACAAUUGUCAGAAUCGCUCAAACUGUGAAGUCAGAGUGGAAAUUGGAGUAGCUCAGAUAUGUCGUACAACAUUCACAGCUGGAGAUUAUGUGACUGUGGCUUAUACAGAGAAUGGUGUAGCCAUAACUUCCACACAGCCUGAUCAGUUGGUAAUAUCUAGAACCUUCCUGCAGGCUGGAACUUAUGUUUUGCAAGUGACAGCUACAAACAUUCUGGGUAAUGAGACAGCGGAUUUGACAGUUCAUGCCUUUAUCAAGGCCAAUUUUCAGUAUCUCAUCUUCACUACCACACUACCAAGAGCUGAAGUUAAUGUUCCUCAGACAAUUAAUGCGGAAGCUAAGCUAACGAAAGAUGCCUACUACAAAGCUGUGUGGUCAUUUGGGAGUGAGACGUUUUCCUUUCCACUUGUUGCAGCAAAGGGAGAAAUUAUCCGCCCUAGCGCCCCUAAGACAUUCAAUGCCACUGGAAACAUAACUGUCUCUCUCGUUUUAGAGGAUGUGUUUGGUAAUAGUCUAUCUCAGUCCUUUGAAGUAGAAGUAUACAAGAGAAUAAACUCUGUGCAGCUGACCCCAUCGACAUCCUACCCAUCUACUACCAGUCCAUUCAUCCUGCUGAUUCAAAUUAACAAUUCCACUGCUGGAGAUACCACCCACUUUGGUGUCAUGAACUUUACGCUAGACCUCGGGGAUGGAAGUCCCAUCAUGUCUUGGAUAAGUAUGUCCCCAGUCCUAGAAAAAGAAUGUGAGAUCACCACUGAAGGAGUUUUUACAAUUACGCUGACCGUGUUUUCUGACCUAAUCCCAGGGAAUGUGCUUACCACAACGGCAUCUGUAAAGACUGAAGAUGGAAUAGCUGGUUUAAAGUUAACUUAUGAUGGGCCAAAACACGUCAGCGAGUCUAUUACUUUCUUUGCCAACCAUAGCGCCGGCUCAGAUAUGACGUACUUAAUCCAGUUUGGAGAUUCAUACAACCAAACCAGUACAUCUCCCAGUUUCACAUACCAGUAUGCUGCUGCAGGGGUCUACGAGGCUAUUCUCUACGCUUCUAAUGCUGUGAGUAGUCUUACCGCACGCCUGAGGCUGUAUGCAUAUGAUGAAGACCUGCUCCAGAUCCUUGAACUUAAUUCAAAGACUUAUGUGGAAGCUAACAAGUCUGUAACUGUCAGAACUGAUGUUGCUGCAGAAUCCCCUCAGGCUCUAGACUACAACUGGUCUUUUGGGAAUGGAGAGACUGUCAAUGGCACUGGCAGGGACUCGGCUUCAACUGUCUUCAGCCAGAUUGGCCUCUACACCAUCACGUUGACUGUGAGCAAUGUCACAAAAGGAACAUCUGAUGUCAAGUCCAAAGAUGUCUUCGUUGAACAGAAGAUAGAAGACUUGAAUGUUACUUACAACAACCCAGUCUCUCUCCCAAGUCCAACUUCAACUGUUUUUGCCGUUUUCACUGCCACUAUUGGCUCAGGGUCAAAUCUGAGCUACACAUGGCAAGUAGACUCCACCAAAGAUGUUAGCACAGAGAAUGUUCUGAACUUCACCGUGCCCAGUGCAGGAAUUUAUUCUGUCAAAAUCAAAGUCUCCAAUGAUUUAAACAGAAUUGUGAAGAGGAUGGAAUUUGUUGCUAUGGAAAUCAUCACAGGGUUGUCCAUCAAUUGCAUUACGUGUUCACUUGAUGUGUAUGCUGCUACUGGUGUAAGAAUGGCUUUUGAAGCCUCACUAGUUUAUGGAAGUCAUGAAAAUUACACUUGGAGUUUCACUGGGUUACCAAUAUUACUGCUAGGUUCAUCUGCUAGUUUUAUAUACAGCACACCUGGAACCUACAGUGUGACCCUUGUGUCCCAAAAUAAUGUCAGUAACAGUGCAGUCACAGCCGAUAUAACAGCACAGGAUGUGGUGGGCAGUGUGACAAUUUCACAAACUUCCUCACCAGUGAAAAUCAAUGAUGUUGUGACUUUGAGCGCGUCUGUAUCUUCUGGGACAAAUGUCGCUUUAUCUUGGAUGUGUGGCAGCAGCAAUAUUGGGACAACUUCAACAAUAGUGCAUUCCUUCAACAGCUCUGGGUACCAUACGUGCACUGUAAAUGCAUCAAAUUAUGUGUCAUAUGUGAUAAAGAGUCAUGAUGUGCCUAUUUUAGAUGAAAUUUCAAGUGUAGCUGUUAACCAUUCUCUAGUGGGUGGUUCGUCUUCUGUUUAUUAUGCUGCUUUGAACAAAUGGUAUGACUUUUUUGCUGUAUCUAAUACAGCGUUCCUGGUGGACUAUGAGUGGAAAGUGAUGCGAUCUGGACUGUCUUUGAGAACAGGCAGAGGUCAAAAGUUCUCAUACUCUUUUUCAGUAACAGCUCAGUAUGAGCUACAGCUCAAGGCCUCCAAUGAUAUCAGCAGCCAAGAAACAUCCAUAACCCUGGAAUUAAUGGAGGAAAUUCGCAGUGUUUCCCUCCGUUCUGAUAAACAAUCCCCACUGUUAGCGGGCAUUGAUAUCACUUUCUUUGUGAUUAGCUUUGCAGGCUCUAAUUUGGACUUUGAGUGGCAUAUCAAUGGAACACUGAUCAACAGUGGUAGCAAUCAGUAUUUGGGGUAUCGCUUCACAAAUGCCGGUCAGUCUUCUGUCCAGGUAAAAGUUUCAAAUAUGCUGGGAUCCGUGACUAAAGAGAUUGUAAUGACUACCUUGAACCCAGUAUCAAAUACCACCAUUUACUUUGGACAGCAUGGUGUAUUUUGGCAUUCUCCUUUCAUUGCUGAAGGAACUUCCGUGAAUGUCUCCUGUGCUUAUUUGACGGGAAGUGAUGUCGAGUUUGAGUGGACAGUAAAACAGUUAGCUACGGGAAGAACAAUAACUUUUGAUACCCCUGUUGUCCCUUUCACGUUUAUGGAAAUCGGAUUUUAUGAGAUAACUGUGAAUGCAAGCAACCUCUUGAGUUAUGAGGAAGGGGCUCUGACUGUUGAGGUUCAAGGUGCUGUUACUGACCUCAUGAUCAACUUGGAUCAUCAGCUUGUAGCCACAGGUUCUUCCAUUUCAUUUGCUUCGGUAUUGAACCCAGAAGCCACAAAUGUUUCUUACGUGUGGUCAGUAGCUGGGGAAACACUCAGUGCUUUGAGUUUUUCAAGACAGAUGUCGGCAGCUGGUGUGUAUGUUGUGUUCCUUACGGCACAGAACAAUGUAUCCAGCGUUACCAAGCAGGAAGUUAUCAGAGUACAGGACAUCAUCACAAACCUGCAGUUUUCCGACUGCUCACUCAUAAGAGAAGCUAACACUUCAGUAUCUUUGACAGCUGUUGUGGGAACGGGAACAAAUGUCACAUUUUGGUGGGAAAUAGAAGUUGGGAAUCAGAACAUCAGCCUGAAAGGAAAAAUGAUUGAUUUCCUUUUUCCAGAGGAAGGCAUUUAUAAUGUAUACCUUGGGGCAGAAAAUGAAGUGAGCACAGACAAUUUCACCUGCACAGUGGAGCUGCACUUACCGAUAGGCUCAUCUGUCACGUUGGAAAUCAGCGAACCGAGGACAGACUAUAUUUUCCAGAACCAAGAUGUCACAUUUAUGGUGGACAAUGGCAAUCUAGAUUUUGCGACUUUCCAAUGGAAUGUCACAGGAGAACCUGGCUAUGUAUCUUCAUCGAGCCCUUACACCCGUUCCUUCUCAAACAUCGGCAACUACACCCUCUUUUUAACCAUUUUCAAUGGUAUCAGCAAAGCUGAACUUUCCAUCGAGUUCAAUGUCAAGGUCUUCUUGUGCCAACUGCCGGAUGUGACUCGUGUAGGUGAUGCGAGUCGUUCUGUUCAGAGAUCGAGGUCACUAGAGCUUGAAGUGGCCAUUAACCCAAACGGAUGUACAGAAUACUUGGCUGUCCACUCCUGGUCUGUGUACUCACCAACUUGCAGUGGACACGCGAACCAGACGGAAAUGGUGGACCUCGGAGCCACAAGUGUGACCAGCCCACAUCUUAUCAUCCAGGCCCGCCAGCUGGAGGUUGGCUCAUACUGCGUCAGUUUUGCCACUGGCUACCACUACACUAGUGUGCUGGAGACUGUGGACUAUAUGGUCAAUGUCACAGCCGCUCCCAUCAAGGCAGUAAUUAAAGGGGGUGAUGGAAGGACUAUGGCAGCGGGAUCAAACCUAUGCUUCGAUGGAAGUUUGUCUUACGACCCGAAUGAGUUACAAGGUUCAAGACCAUCACUUCAGUACGAGUGGAAGUGUGAAGCUGUGUCUGCUUUUGGUGGAAGCUGUUUCCCAACCAGCACUGCAAGUCAAGUGUGUUUCACAGGCUUUGGCAUUGGCAAAUACAAUAUCAGUCUGACUGUGACUGCUCCAAAUCGAGUGGCUGGAAACACAGAACAAAAUAUUCAAGUGAUCCAGACAACAAGCUUCAUGCCAAUAGCAAGCAUUGUGUGUGAAUCGUGUGCAACCUUAGAGAACUACAGAGUGAGUGCCAGCCAGCAUGUGGCCCUAUCAGCAACGUGUGAGAACUGUCAGUGUCAGCCCAGUUUUUCUUGGACGGUGUAUGAUGGACUGAACCAGCUGCCGCUGGACAGCUCACAAACAUCUACAGGACUGACCAGUCAGAGCUUAGUGCUCCGCCGAUGGGGUGCUCUUUCAGACGGUGUUGACUACACGUUCAUGGUGUAUGUCGAAUGCCAGAAUGUUUCAUCCAAUCAAGCGACUGCCUCACUCCUCCUGCCAGCCAAUCUGCCCCCAUCAGGAGGCUAUUGCACCAUUUCACCAACACGAAUUCUUCCCCUUGAAGAGCAGGUCACUGUCAGCUGUCACAACUGGAUUGAUAUUGAUGACUUGGAUAGCCCCAUUCUGUACAAAAUCUAUGCUGAAGUGUACGACCCACUUAGUGGAACCAAUCAGAGCUAUCCACUCUAUGCCGGCACUGACCCCACACAGUCUGCCUACCUGGGCUCUUUCAGUAAUGAGACGGUUGUACUGAAAGUGAUGGUGUCUGAUGAAUUUGGAGCAAUGGCAUUGGGAGCUCAAAGCACUAUACAGAUGCAGACUCCGCACUUUGCCAGCAGCAUGACAAAAACAGACUAUCUGGUCAACAUUACGGACACAGUUCUGUCUGGCCUGAUCAAACAGGCCUCACCCAUAUCCCUUCUCCAAUUUGCUAUUGCGAUGGGUCAAGAACUUAAUGCUGAGUCACAUAAGGAGAAACUUGCCCAAACUGCUGGCUCAGGCUCCCUACCGGAGCAGCAGCGGGCGUCUAUCAGGGAUGUCAUAUCCAUCUGUUUGUCUACGUCUGUGCCAGUAUCCUCCCUGGAGGAUGUGCACCAGAUGGCGUUUGCCCUCCGUCUGAUUACGGACUACUCAAGUGAGUACUUGACAGAAGACAGCCAGGUACUCAUUGCGGGCACCAUGGAGACUAUGGCUUCUGUCCUCCAGCAGUCGGUCAAUAACGGACUUGAUCUUGAUGACGUCCCAACUGAAGACCUUCUCAGUGUCAUCAACAAUUUGAUAAACGCUGCUAAUACCCGUGUAUACUCAUCAUCAGUCAUCUGGGGCGGUGGACGAAAUGUCACAGUCAAGUCUUUCGACACAGAAUUCCGUGACCUGCGGCCAGAGAUAUCAUCUAGUGUGGGCCAUUUGGACUUUGAAGACAUAAGCCUUGGCGAGAGCCACCGAAAGAGGAUGAUAUCCACUCUGGUGCCUUUGCUGGAGGGAGUUGUGGUCUCUACCUUAAAGACGAUGAUCCCACAAGAGGAGAGCCUUAAUGUUGGGAUUGAGGAAAUGAUGGUCAUAGGAUCAAGAAUCUACGCGAGAGACAUAUCUCUCAGAGGUUUAGGAGACAGCACACAAAUAUCCAUACCUUCUACAAUCCUGAAAGGCCAUAAAAAUGACACAGAAGAAGUGUUCCAAGUCAUGAUCAGCCAUGAGCAAAACCCAUUCACAUUCAGCUAUCUUGAUGAAGAAUCAUCAUCGAUGCCCGUUCAGACGCUAUCAUUCUAUGACAUUGAUGGCACCUACAUUGAAGUCUCAGGUCUGAGCGGAUCAUCUCAGGUGUACAUGUACAUGUUCUCCACACCUACCCCUGGCCUGGCUGCCAUCCCUCGAGGUGAUCUGCCUCAAAGUUCUAUCUACCAGCCACUGAACGGCCUGACGUACAACACUGUGCAGAUUAACCCUAGGAGGACUAAGAUGUUUCAAGUCCCCGGUGCUGAGAGCAUUACAUCCACAGGUGUUGGGAUACAUGUGCAGCUUCGAAUUGAGUAUCUGCCCUCUAGCGGACCAGCACCUUCGAAUAGAUCUGGAACCAAUGUGAUGGCGUACAUAGGGGUUAACUUCGUCCCCAGCUCUGGUAGCUACACAAAAAUGCUCAACUUAACAAGUGAUCUCAUGUCUGCUGGGACAGAACAUACAGAGUACACCUUUUUCCUCAAUGGCCUGAGUUCUUCAGACAGUGUCUACGUUAUCGCCACCAAUAUGGACCUAUUCGUCAGUGUCAACAUGUCGGUAGGUGUGUAUACCUCCACAUGCAGCUACUUUGACACGACAGACCAGCUUUGGUCCAACGAAGGAUGUACUGCCCAGGAAGAGUCGAUCGCCACGGUCACUGCGUGUCAGUGCAAUCACUUGACUUCCUUUGGGGGUGCUGGGAUUGUAUCAAUCACUGACAUUGAUUUUACUGAUAUAGUGUACCUUGACUUCUUUGCCAACCCAGUGGUGUUCGUUGCUGUGGGCGUAAUCUUUAUCCUGUACGUCAUUGUUGCCAUCAUCUGCCGCUACCUUGACCGAUUAGAUCUCCGCAGAAUUUCCAGAAUCCCUCUCUGUGGUCGGGAUGGUGCCUUCAAGUAUGAGAUCACCGUUGUGACAGGGCGCCAUUAUGGAUCUGGCACCACAGCCAAUAUAGGCAUCAAGCUAUAUGGAGACCAGAACAAAGGGGAGGCAAGGCACCUGACUAAACCUGGAGCUUUCCAGCGCAAUUGUCGAGACACAUUCUAUAUAGCUCACGAUGCAAGCAUAGGAGAAGUGAACAAGGUCCUGGUGUGGCACGACAAUGGCGGUUUAUCCCCGUCCUGGUUCCUGUCCCAUAUCGUUGUGAAAGACGUCCAGACAGGAGAGAAGUUCACAUUUUUGGUCAAUUCUUGGCUCUCUCUGGAGAUGAAGGAUGGAGUUGUCCAGAAAACUGUCAAGUCUGCCGACAAGGAAGAGUUACGGAAGUUCAGAUUAAAAUUCUCCACUGUGUUUCAUGGUACGAUGUCGGACGUCCAUGCCUGGCUCUCCGUUUCUCACAGACCUGACCUCAGCCGUUUCACUCGUGUCCAGAGAGCUACAUGUGUCUUUACCACUGUCCUGCUGUAUAUGUGCAUCAAUGCCAUGUGGUAUGGCCUUUUCAAAGAUGAGACAGAGGCCAAGGAUGACUUGUCAUGGGAUUCUUUUGGAUGGGAGGAAGUAAUCAUUGCCAUUAUCUCUACUUUGAUGGUCCUUCCGUUUUUAAUUGGCCUGUCAUUUGCUUUCAAAAAGACAAGAUGUAAGGACUCCGUGUUUCAAGAGGUGCGUCCCAGCACUGCCCAGACCUUGGAAAUUGAAGCUAUGUGUGACUUGUCGGGAGACGGAGGUUCUUACCGGACAGUGACGCCACUAGGCGAGUGGGUGACUGCAAUUGACAGAGAGAGCACAACCGAUUCUUUUGCUGUACCUGUGGGCUUGAGGAGAACCGUGCCCAUGCACCGCGGAUUACGGAAAGGUAGCUCUGACAUCUCCAUAAGAGAAAGACCCCCAGUGGAAGGUGUUGGUGGAAAGAAGGAGCUCUGGACAACUGACAGCAUCAUGCAGAGCUGGCCGCAUCGGAUGCCCACCUGGAUCAAGCAGGUCAAAGCCGAGGUGAAAAGCGGAGACACAUCAACGAUGUCACGCCCUAGCAUUGAGCGAGGGAGUACCACCACCUCAAAGCGUAGCAGUCGCUCUGCUAGAACAUUCCAAUCAGGCACAAGGAGCUAUGAAGACAGUGAUGAGGACUUCCAGAAGAAAUUGGAUGAAAUUGAUGCUGAGUUGACUCGUUCAGAGGAGAGGAAGCAGAAGAAGAGGAAGAAAUUAGAACGGAGACUGAGAAGCAGAAACACUGAUGAGUUGUUCGACUCUGAUGAUGACUGGGUUUAUGAAGGUCUGGAAGAUUACAACGAGGACAGUUUCAGCAGCAAGCCCAGUCAGUUCAACCCACGCACGGAGGCAGAGCUGGCCCCUGGACCUGAAAGAAAUGGCUCAGGUACCAGUGCAGCCCACCAGAAUGGAAGUUUGCGUGUGGCUGAAUCUCCCAGCAGCCGCAGAAAAGAACAGCCAACUGGCUGGAGGGACGGGCACAGGCCUAGUGUUAUCUCCUCCACUUCCAAAUCCAGGAGCACCUUGUCGGACAACAAAGGUCGUGGGAGAACUCUUAGCACCAUUUCCCAACAGCCUGAGCCAAGUGAGAGCAAUCCCAGGUUUUCACUGCCUCCCUGGUGUGUGUACGUGACAUACACAGUGUGCGUUGUGCUGUGCGUUCUGUCCGUCAUCCUGAUGCUGCUCUAUGGCUACAACUUCGGCACCGCCAUCUCACUCAAGUGGCUCGUCUCACUUUUCAUCUCCGUCUUCCUUUCCAUCCUCAUUAUUGAGCCGUUGAAGGUCCUGCUGAUCUCUGUUAUUGUUGCCCUCAUCACCAAGGACGUCAGAGACGAUGAUGAAGGAGAUGUUAUAAACAUCAAACCCUCAGUGGAGUCCAAUGAACAGCUCAAGGAUAUCAAAUUCCGUCCGCUUGGUGGUUUUGCUCUUCUCCAAGCCAAGGAGGAAGGCAAGAGGAAACAGCGGCUACACAAGAUGUUGCGAGAAGUGUUCAUGUUCACUCUGAUGCUGGCUCUCUUCAUGGCGAUCGUCUUUGUCAACUACAGCAGCCGUACCAUGUACCACGCCAGCAACAACAUUGAGACCAAGUUCUACACCAGCGUUGAUGGAAGCACAAAUGGCCUCAACUUCACAAACAUGAGAAGCAUCACUGACUUUUGGCAAUGGUCUGAGACUGUAUUGGCCCGAUCCCUUCAUUUGCAAGAUCUGAGUUCAGAUGAAAGUUUUGGUUACCUUCUUGGUCCAGCUUGGAUGAGGCAGAUACGAAGCAAGAAUGUGUCGUGUACCGCAGCGUCAAGUAUUGCUAUGUGGUCAGUGCCAACGCUGACACCGGAUCGUUGUACUGAUGAUGGCACCAGUGACCCUGACACUGCUGACUAUAAUAUUGGCUGGGUGUCGCCAGGGAUAGCUGGAGCUAACUGGACAUACUCCUCUUGUGGACAACUGGAUUUAUAUUCUAAAUUUGGUUGGUCACUGUUUUACCCUGGUGGAGGCUACGUCCAGACCUUGGGACAGACCUACAAUGACACACUGGCAACCGUACAGAAGCUUCAUUCAGAGGGCUGGCUUGACUUACUCACGCGUGCAGUGAUGGUGGAGUUCUCUCUGUACUACCCUAGUGCUGACCUCACCUCCUACAUUACGCUCAUCAUCGAGUUUCCCAUCUCAGGUGGUGUCCUGACAAGCUACUCCAUCUACACAGAAAAGUUUUUGAGGUUCAUCCCGGGAGUGGUAGAGCCUCUGCUUGUCUGUCAGGUUUUCUUCUCACUGUUUGUGCUGUACCUAACCCUAGUGCUCCUGCAGCGUCUGAGAGCUGAGAAACUGAAAUUCUUCUCAUAUUUCUGGAACUGGAUGGACAGCAUAACAUGCUUUUUGGCGUGGCUGAGCUUGGCUCUCUACGCAGGGUGUGUUGCCCUAGCAACAAAGAGAAUGGAUGCCUACUUCGCUGACACAUCUCGUCCAUCGCGGCUUGGGCAGGUGGCUGUGCUGCAUGCGGUGCUUCGCUGUGUGCAUGCUUGCCUCUUGUUUUUGUUUGUACUCAAGAUUGUGAAGCAAGUCCAGUUCAGUCGUCCUCUUUUCAAGUUCUACACUACCCUCUCCACCGCCAGUGGUCCUCUCCUGGGUGUGUUCAUCAUCUUUGUCAUUCUUCUGCUCACUCACGCUCAGUUCGGCUACCUGAUCUAUGGAUCUCUCAUAUAUGGCUACCACAGUUUCCAACAUUCCAUGACAUCACUGUUUGGUAUAAUGGGAAGCCGCACUGACUUCUGGCCUCUCUUUGAGUCCCAGCGGAUCUUGACACAUUUCUUCUUCCUUUGCUUUGGCUUCUUUGUCUAUGGCCUCACUAUGGCCCUGAGUGUGAGUGUACUGAUGUGGUCAUACAAGUGGUCCAGCUCUCAGAUGUCAUACAAAACAACCCUGGAGGCUCGGGAUUACGAGAUGAUUGACUUCAUGAUCAAACAGUUCAAGCUUAUGACUGGGAUACAGAAACAGAAACCUGCUUUCCGACAUGUCAAGUUCAAAGGUCUUCCUUCCCUGCCAAGCCGAGGCACCAGCUCCAACCUGUCGUCUCGCCAGUCUUGCAACAGCGUGUCUUCCAGAGUGUCAGUGCCGGCCCGGCCAGAGGUCACAGAGGAUCAACAUGUAGACUACCUCAUGGCCAGUCUGCUACCCACGUGGGACCAGGUGCUGCAGAGUUUUCAGAAGCUGGAAGAUCUAGACAAAGAUGUUGAUGAGGCAACUAAAAAGUUACAAGAUGCAGUCAAAGGCUGGGGUCAGCCGCACAAGUCCGUACCCUCGGACCAUGUGAGAUUUCAGUCCGACAACUCCAAACCCAUCAUGGGAAAGCCUCCUCUAGACCCUAAAGCCACAUUCGCAAAGUUCAGAGGUCGUGGGGCUGGUAGGAACAUCACUGUGUUUGCUGGGCGGGCAGCCAUGACUCCACCAACUACUUUCAUGGCUGAGACACCACUUGGCAGCCACAGCAAAAGGCCCUUCAGUGAUCAAGGCUUCAGGAAGGAUCCAUUCGUCUUCCACACAGAUAACUCAGCAAUCCCCAUCCCCAUUGGUCGACCUGUCAGCCAGACGAGCGCUGCCCCCAGCUCCACAAGCUCCAGUCAGCAAAGAGGCAGUCCUGGGCCUGGUUUCUAUAGCAACGACAACUCUAUUUCAGAAAUGUAUCCUGAGGUGCAUGUUUACAAAGGGAAGGGCAGAGGAAAACAUUCCAAGGUCAGCCAAGGAAUAAAUUUGACUCCUGGUGGUGCUGGGAGAGGAAAGCAGGCCUGGGAUUCUGAAAUCUAACCUGCUUUUGGCUUUGUCAUGUUCGUCCGCUCUUUGAUGAAGUUCGACGUCAUUAGCAAAUCCGCAUAUGUAUAAACUGGAAAUAAGAAUACUGAGAAAUCCUACUGAAUAUUGACCAUAACUUUGACAAAAUGUGCUGAGGUUGAAAACUCUAGUUUUCCUGUAGCACUGUUCCACUGCCAUACCAUUACAAAGCUGGUACCUUGAGGAGUAUUGAAUUACAUUUAUCAGGGCCUGAUUUAUUUAGGAUGGGUAUAAUAAAACUACAGCAUGGUACACUCCUCACGUGUAUCUUUAUUUUAUUGUGGAUUACAAAUAAAUUCUUUGUGGUGUAUCCAAUGAAAUAAUUAUUUCAUACUGCCCAAUUUGGACUCAUGUAUACUCACAGAGAAAAUUUAUAUUAGAGUAAAAUCUGGAAACCAGUGAUUAUCCCCACCCCAGACUGUCCCGUAUUCAUCCCAGUUUGUGAGCUGCUAAUCUUCACUUGAAGAUUGUUACUUUUAUUAAUUUUUGUUCUGUCCAAACUGAGCUUUACUUGGAAAUUCUCCUUUUAUUUGAAGCAGCAAAAUUUAAAUUUCAGUUGUAUUUUGUGAAAUGCUCUGUAAUAGAAAGCGUACACUCUUGAAAGUGAAUUGUAAAGAAAACACAUAAUUAAUGUCCAGGCCAAGAUCAAACUUAUCUUGAUGCUAGGAUACAGAACAUAAGUCUGCCGAGAUAUCAGAGACAAACAUGCUCUUUCAUGUGUGUAGAUUGUUUCUCAAAACUUGGUGAAAUUUCCUCAAGGUGGACAUGGGUGACAUGCAGUCAGCAAAGCUAGCUCUUUUGUUUUCAUAACUCCGUCAAAAGCUGGCUGUUAUAUAGAGACAAAUUUCUGGUUGUUUUGAGUAUACAUGUAUUUCUCAACUUGACUAGUUAUGAGAAUUCAUGUCUCCACAGAAAUGAUUCACUUCCACUGUGAUAAUCAAUGUAUUUCAUAUUCCUUUUAUAUCAUGUAUGUCCAUUUAAAUUGAGUACCCAUGUUAUGAAUGACUGACGUUGAUCAUACAAUGUUACAUAGCCCAGAAUUGGAGUGAGACAGGUUGCAGCAUCUUGAAGAGCAAAGGGAUUGUUGAAUAGGAAGCUUCCGUUUCUCCUGAAUGUGCCGAAAGAUACUUUUUCCUAGUCUCCGUCAAUAAUUUCAUUUUUCAAUCUCUCGAUUUACCUGAUGACGCUGCUUCCACAUGUUACCUUUAUGAUGUUAUUUCAUCUAUAAAUAUGUUCGUUUUAUUAUCUUAGCUUCCUAUUUGUAGUGGUGAACAAGCAUACAUGUAUAACUACCAAAGAAUAAGCACUUUCCACAUAUUUAAUUUUACUUUUAUUCAUGACAAUGAUCAGAAUGUUUUGAUAUUUUUUUGGGUUGUUUUUAUGUUGUAGUUAUAAAAAGUACUUGUAGUAUUUCCUGUUCAUUGAAGGGGUGAUUGUUGCUCUUGUUAAUUUUUGAAAAUAAAUCUUCAAUGGUACCUGUCAACCGUUUGUGAAAUGAACAAUGUCUGACAUAUGAGCUCUCAGUGGGCUUGUCAUGAUUGAUUGUCCAUUUUGGUUUGCUUGGGAAGUUGCAUGAAAACUGUUCUGCUUAAUGUUCCCAGAUUUGUCAUUUUAUACAACAGGGUAUUGGAUAUAAGUAUUGUUGUUACUGGUCCUGAUUAGGCAUCAAUAAACAUUUAUGCUUCUUUGAGUUAUGUGUCACAAUAAUGCUCACAAUAUACAUAUUAAUUGUGA